AUGGUUGAGGCUACACAAGGAACCGCCGCAGAGGAAUCGAAUGGAGCUGCGCCCCCGGUUAUGACGACGUCGAAGGAUCCCCAGCAGAAUGGCGACGACGCCAAUGCCUCCAGACCCCCGAAGCCGGAACAGCAGCCCCAGCCGCAGGCGCCGCAGCAGAAGCAGCAGCAGAGCGCCGACAAGAAGGCUGCCGGCGAUGCCAAGGAUGGCGCCGGCCACAAGAGCGCGAGCCCGCCCAAGAAGCGGCGGAAGGUCAAUCAUGCUUGCAUUUACUGCAGACGUUCGCGCAAUAUUGGCCAUCUCUGCCACGAUGAACCGCGUGAGCCGGCGAAGCGCCAGAAGACGGACCCGCCCAGCGGGCAGGCCCAGGACGAGGAGCAGGCGAAGAAGCUGGACCCCACGGACGCCCCUCUCGGCCCGCUCGACCAGCGUCACGGCUCGCAAGAUGCAGCCCUCGGGGCCCUUGCGCCGCCUCCAUUGCCGCACGCCCUCCCCAAUGCUACCCCGGGCCCCAUCGCCCAGCCCGCACCCGUCUCCGCGCCACACGCUUCAAACCUCGCCGGCAACUCUCAGUCAUUCGUGAACUACAAUGACUGGAACUUUGGCGCUUCCAAUACUUUCCAGGACAUGCACGCCUUCCAUCCCUCCUACAUGUUCAACGCUUCCGAGGCAUCCAACGAGUACAACUUGCUCAACGAUCUGUUUAGCAACAGUCUCAUGGACGACGGCGCUCUGUACAACGGCGACGAGAUGAACAGCCUCUUCCCAGAUCAGUCACUCACUAACACGAUGAAUUCAUUCAACGGACAGAACUCACUGGUGUCUGGCAACCAGCAGAACAACCAGCUUCUGCCUCCGUCGCAAGCUGCGAUUGGCAACGCCAUCUCACGACCGACGAGCGGCUUCCCUCUCGACAAGGCGCGCGAGGCCUAUUACAUGACGGCUGCUGACCCUGCAGGAAACGACACGCCCGAGGAGCGCAUGAACAAGCUUUUGAAAGCCAAGUUCGACGCGGGUAUGCUCAAGCCCUUCAAUUACAUUAAGGGCUACGCGCGGCUGUACCAAUACAUGGAGCGCAACUUCCCACCCAUCUCACGACAGAAGAUUCUGCGGUGCAUGGACAGGUUCAGGCCGAAGUUCAGAGAGCGCGUACAGACCUUGACCGAUAUCGAACUCGUCCGUGUUGAGAUGUGGUUCGAGCGAUGCUUGAUGGAAUACGACCGAGUUUUCGCCAGUAUGGCUAUACCUGCCUGCUGCUGGCGGAGAACCGGUGAGAUUUUUCGCGGCAACAAGGAAAUGGCCGAGCUGGUGAAUGUGCCUAUCGAGACCUUGCGCGAUGGUAAGAUUUCGCUACACGAGAUCGUUGAGGAAAAGUCGCUCGUCAGCUACUGGGAAAAAUUCGGUGCCAUCGCGUUCGACAGCUCGCAGAAGGCGAUUCUGACCAGCUGCUCGCUGAAGAACCCGAACCCGGACUCGAAAGACCCGGAGAUUCGGUGUUGCUUCUCCUUCACGAUCCGAAGAGACGCACAUAACAUCCCGUCUCUGAUUAUUGGGAACUUCCUGCCCAUAAUUAAUGACAGCCCGAGCUCGAGCUCGUAA